UGGCGCUGUAAUGCGCCUUUCGCAGAGAUCCUCGUUGAUUUCCAUUUCUCUCCGGUGUCUCAUUCAAGGGAAACGUUCGGACGGACCCCGAUAUAUAUAUACGAGGGCGGUGUUUUUCUUUGCCUUAACAGUGACGUUACUAGGCUGGUCUUGAUCAAGCCCACCAAUGAGAAAGGAUCAGAACGAUCCUUCUGAGGCUUCUCUUUUUUCGGCAGGCAAGGGUGCUGCCGGAGCAAAGCCAGCUAUGGGUGCGAGCGGUGGAGGUGGUGGUGGCGGCGGCGGGGUGCUCUAAGAUGGGAUGCCGCAUCGGCAGCGGGGAGCUGUCCUUCAGCACCCUCAUCUCUGUCUCGACAGCGCAGCUUCUUCUCCUUUUGUGAAGACGCUGCGUCUCCAGAACCGAGCUGCACUGUCCGUCAGCUCCAGGGGUGCGCUGCGGCAAUCAGCUUGGACCAGAAGCAGACCCGCGGGGGUCCUGAAAAGGUUCACUUGUCUGCAACACCGUCGGCGUGUCUGUCUAUCAGUUGCCACCAUUGCAAGCAGCAGGUACACGAGUUCUCUCCAACGCUGCCGCCCCUCACAAAAACUGGGGGGAAGCUGCUUCUGCGGCAGAGUGGCAAGAAGGCAAGGGGUGCAGCAGCCACAGCAACAGCAACGUUCAAAAUCAACAGCUGCAGGAGCCGGACCCUCGUUCAUGCCCUUUUUUAAUUAAUUUAUUCUUUUUCUUUCCCGGGCUUCAGGAGUUGCAUAACAAUGACUGCAGAUCAUUUGGAGUAAAUUAACCGCUGCGUUCGUUCUUGUGUCUCUGUCUAACCAUGCAAAGACUUUGCGGUCCGCAUCGCCAACACUGCUGGUAAGAAACGAGCAAGCUGACAAGUGGUGCACCAGCAGCAGAGCAGGGGAGGAGGGGGAGACCAACACCCGAAACACUGUGACCACCACCGACGGCAGCUGACGCAUCCAGGGCUGCAAUUCACUGUUACCAGAGCCGCAGACCAAAGCUGAGAAAGCCGUCGACCCUCACCAACUUGUCUGCCCGUAAUCGGAGUCGCGUUCCUAAUUCCUCUGAUGACUGCCUGUGGCUGCAGGAGAUCGAGCAAGUCGGAAACUGGAUCUGAACUGAGCAGCAGCAGGGACAUUUAUAUUUAAACACCAUAGCCGCCCGUGUGCACUCCUGGAGCCCCCGCAAGACGAGACCGCGAGGGCAGCACACGGAGAACAUCGCCAGCUCGGCGGGCAUACUGAAGGGAGUCGCGUCCAACUUCACCGCCUUCUACUUGACCAUCACGUGCAUCUUCCAGGUAAAUGUUAAGUCCAAGAAGCUAAGCCAUGCUGGAUCCAAGCCCUCCAUCUGCAAGAGAAGUUACCCAUUUUCCAAGAUAGCCAUGAACAGUUGCAAGUACAAUGGAGGAGUUGUGAGGCCACUUGGCAGCCUGGGCUCAUCACGUCGAAAUCUCGCCGAGCUGGACUCGGAGACACAGCCCCUGCAGACACUUCACAGUUCUGGCUUGGAGGUAGUGGUCUCCAAAGGCAACAGUGAAGAUACCGGCAAAGUAUCCAGAGACAGCCUGGGAAGAGAUGGAGGUGGCACGUCCCACAAGAAGAACAAGGAUAUUGGCUACAAAUUGGGCCAUCGAAGAGCGCUGUUUGAGAAGCGUAAGCGGCUCAGUGACUACGCCUUGAUCUUUGGAAUGUUUGGGAUUGUGGUCAUGGUAACGGAGACAGAACUUUCUUGGGGCGUGUAUUCCAAGGAAUCUUCUCAUUCAUUUGCACUGAAAUGCCUUAUCAGCCUCUCCACUGUUAUUUUACUGGGACUCAUUAUAAUGUACCAUGCCCGUGAGAUUCAGCUUUUCAUGGUGGACAACGGGGCAGAUGACUGGAGAAUAGCCAUGACGUACGAACGGAUAUUUUUUAUUGUGCUUGAACUGCUGGUGUGCGCCAUUCACCCAAUUCCAGGACAGUAUGUAUUCACAUGGACCGCACGCCUGGCCUUCACCUACACGCCUUCUGUGGCAGAUGCCGAUGUCGACAUUAUUCUUUCCAUUCCCAUGUUCUUGCGUCUCUACCUGAUUGGCCGUGUUAUGCUACUUCAUAGCAAGCUUUUCACUGAUGCUUCCUCGCGCAGCAUUGGCGCACUUAACAAAAUAAACUUCAACACAAGGUUUGUCAUGAAGACACUUAUGACCAUCUGUCCCGGAACAGUGUUACUUGUCUUCAGUAUCUCCUCCUGGAUAAUUGCGGCAUGGACUGUUCGCGUCUGUGAAAGGUAUCAUGACAAACAGGAAGUGACCAGUAACUUCCUGGGAGCCAUGUGGCUAAUUUCAAUAACCUUCCUCUCUAUUGGCUACGGAGACAUGGUGCCUCACACAUACUGUGGAAAAGGGGUGUGUCUGCUGACAGGGAUCAUGGGAGCUGGCUGUACAGCGUUGGUAGUUGCCGUGGUGGCCAGGAAGCUAGAGUUGACCAAGGCUGAGAAACAUGUCCACAACUUCAUGAUGGACACACAGCUCUCAAAGCGGGUUAAAAACACGGCUGCAAAUGUACUCAGGGAAACAUGGCUCAUCUAUAAACACACAAAACUGGUGAAGAAGAUUGACCACGCCAGGGUGCGCAAACACCAGCGCAAGUUCCUGCAAGCAAUUCACCAAUUACGCAGUGUCAAAAUGGAGCAACGGAAGCUAAAUGACCAAGCAAACACUUUGGUGGACUUGGCCAAGACACAGAAUGUAAUGUACGAUUUGGUGUCCGAGCUCCAGGAGCGCAGUGAGGACUUGGAGAAGCGUAUCGGCACACUCGAAGACAAGCUGGACUCCAUCACUGGGACCCUGCAGGCUCUACCUGGCCUCCUCAGCCAAGCCAUAACACAACAACAGAGGGACUUCCUAGAGGGUUUCACACAUCGCUUUAGGCCGGCCUCCCUGGGCUCAGAACGCUCCUGGACACCAACAAGACGCCGGCGUUCCCCUUCCACGGCACCUCACACGUCUUCUGACAGUGGAUAAAAAUCAUAAUACAAACUAAAAAAGAUGACAAACUAAGUAAAACGAGACAAAAACAGUAGAGAAUAUGGUUUAUGUUUAGCCAUUGUAUGGCUGUUCAAGUUAGCUUUUUUUGUAAAGCCCAUGUAUAGUUACUGACUGAGUUCAGGGUGCUGGGGUGAAGCUGGCUAUCACACCGGACUAUCAUUAAACUCAACUGAAACAAAAACCGGGUCCUGCAACCGUUCCCAACAAGCAGGAGGAGGGUAGCUGCUUGAGUGAGGCGGGUAGAAUUUUUUUAUUUUUAUUAUUAUUAUUUUUUUUUUCUUUUUUUGUUAUUUUCUCAGCAGCUGUUGAUUUGCUUUAUUUGUCCCAUUAAAACAAAAGGAUGUGGGAAGCAGAAGAAGAUGCAGAAGCUUGUGGCCGUGAAUCCUGGUGCUACAGACUUCAUUUGUUUUCUUCCUCAUCAGGGAUUCCCUCCACAGGAAGGAAGCGGCAGGUGAUGCAUGCGGAUUGCUUACAGAAUUCACCGCCCUUUGCAUGUUUCAGUGCAAAAGGAGGUGGUCUGGGUUGCCCGACUAUCUGAAAGUUUUUAAUGUAAUUUUUAAUUUUCAACCAUUUUGAGGGGAAAGGUUGGGGAAACUUUUUCACUUUUUUUAUCAACAGGUUGAACGUAAAAUGGCAGAGGCUAUUUCAAACAAUUAAAAACAAUGCCUGCA